AUGUCAGUAAAGCCUUAUGAGCCUGCAUUUACAUGUACGCCUCAGGAAGAAUCGAACAAUGAUGUUAUCCAACUCAACGUAUUCUCAGAAGAGCCAACGGGGUCUUCAACCGAGUCCCCGCCCCAAGACAAUGAUGAACAGCGGCGUACCACAAUAAAAUUCGCUUCAGAAGACCUGGAAAGCCAACAGGAGAGCCCGCGAAGACCCAAACCGAACACCCGACUAGAAGACUCGGAAGAUAUGACACCGCUAGACAAAUUUUCUGAUCAACCGAUGGUGAUAGACUGUCCGAAUUGCAAGGCAAAGGAUGUGACUACUGAUACAGCCGCAGAGGCUGGAACAUACUCGUGUCUCUGUUGCUGUGGCAUAUUUUUCGUCGGUGGUGUUCUUGGCUGUUGUUUGAUCCCGCUCUAUUUCCGAGGCUGCCAGGACAUCACGCAUAUCUGUCCAAAAUGUCACACAGUCAUCGGAAAGUUGGACCGAAUGGAAGGAAACGGCAUGGAGGAGUAG